AAUUUAGUAGUGCUGAUGUUGGUGCUUGUGACGGUUGUUGACGCUCCAACUGAACCUCGCUCAAUGGUGAACCUUAUGGGGGACCCCCACCUAAUGAUGAACCUUGCCGGGAAUCCCAUUCAGUGGUGAACCUUGCUCCAUGUGAAGGAAAAUCUGUGUCUUCAACCAGUGUGAGUGCUUACAAUAGGCAGUAGGUGGUGCUUAGAAGGAUGGCCAAGAGCGAGGUGUUGAGGUUCAUGCCCAGGGUGAAGCUGUGGUUGGUGCUCGUACUGACGUUGAUCUUCACUGUGGUGCUCCUGGGAGCCUCACACCUCACACACUCCCUCACACUCAGGGUCGAGGCUUACCAUGCACUCUACAACCUUCUCUCUCUCAUUGGCUGCUUGCUUACUAUGAAGCUGUGUUCUGGGCCUCAGAGUCUCCACAACACGUUUGGUUGGGCGCGUCUGGAGGUGCUCUCCAUGCUGACCACACAGCUCUUCCUGACGGCGCUUUGCUUCAGCGUCGCCAUCGAGUCCAUCCAGACGGCUGUGCACGUCGGACAUCAGGACGCGAUGCAUCACCCACUGAGAGUGAUGGCCCUGGGCGCCGUGGGAUGCACCCUCAAUGCUCUCGUCUUCUGUCUCAUUGGAGGCUACACUCACCACCAGGGCUGCUUCCUGGAGAUGCGGGCGUCAGGCAGCGUGUGGGUGGGGCUGCAGGUGACGCAGGAGGCGGUGCAGGCGGGCAGGAGGAUGCUCUCCUCCAGUAACCUCCGGGCGGGGAGCAACACCUCCCGCAGCAUCCCACAGGUCAUCAAGGAGCUCCUCAGGGACAACUGUGGACUGGUGAUGGUGGAGGUGUGCGCUGCUGUGGUCUACUGGGACGACGGUGGCACUGUGGCACUAUACAUUGACCCGGCUAUGGCCCUGGCUUCAGCGGCACUCCUCAUGUGGUUCAGUUACCCAUACUGUCGGGAGUGUUGCCACAUCCUGCUACAGACCAUCCCGGGACACAUCGACGUGGAGGCCUUCCAAGCCAGGCUCCUCCAACAGUUCCCAGCCAUCGUUAACAUUCACCACCUCCACAUCUGGACCUUCACACCCACCAAGGUGGUGGCGACAGCACAUGUGGUCUUCAAGAACCCUUGCGUCUAUCUCUCCAAUAAGGACACCCUGAGGCAGUUCUUUGUGGACGAGGGCGUCACUAAGGUCACGCUACAGCCGGAGUACAUGACGAGGGAGCCAGGUGGCACUCCUGACGACGCUGUGUGUCUUCUCAGGUGCCAACAAGAAAAAUGCCAUGAGAGGGAGUGCUGUUACUCCUGCACCCACCACCCUCUCCUCACCUCCCUCACCACCCAAGGUGAUGUUUCUCGCCAAUCUAGUACAUAUACCUUUAAAUCAAGUGAAGGUGUGUGUGGAUCAGGGGAAAGUGAGGUGAAUGUUGUAAAUGAGUCAAAGUGCAGUGCCAAGGAAACAGGUGUAUGUGAAUCAGGGAAAGGUAUUUGGGAGUCAGAUCAUUCAAGUGAACCGGAAUGUCGGACAUUUAUGUUCCCCUGCUUGCCUGACCACCCAGGAGACCUCGACGAAGGUAGAACGCCACUAACUAGUGAUCAACACACCGCAGGCUACCUAACCAAUCUGAAGCCAACUGAACAGUCAGAGGAGCACCUAAACAAUGAUUGUCCCACUGAACAGUCAGAGGAGCACCUAAACAAUGACUGUCCCACUGAACAGUCAGAGGAGCACCUAAACAAUGACUGUCUCACUAAACAACUUAAGAGUAGCACCUAACCAAGUUAUGUCGCAGUGAGCACAUGUAAUAAUACCUAGUGUAGGAAAGACCUACUCAACA